GCCGGUAGAAGGUUUCAGCAACCUCCCGAACUCCUCUUCAAACUCUCUGCAGCUUUUAGAUUUGGAUGUCACCAACUUUUUACCACUAUAGGCCAGUGCCCAUGGAUGACCAAUUGAAGGAGGAAGGACAGGGACCCCACAAGCUGCUGCUGUUGAUAGGGAUCUCUGUGCUCCUGGUGGUGGUUGUGGGUCUGGGGGUGCCCCUGAUCAUCUUCGCUCUCAAGGCCAACAGCAAGGCCUGCCAGGACGGCCUCCAGGCAGAAAUGGAGCACCGCAAUGUCACUCACCUCCUGCAGCACCAGCUGACCCAGGCCCAAGAGGGCUUCCUGCAGGCUGAGACACGGGCUGCCACCUGCAACCACACUAUGGUGACCCUGCUGGCUUCCCUGGAGGAGAAGACGGCUCAGGGCCUGAAGCAGCAGGCGCAGGUGGAGGAGCUUCAGGGAGAGAUCACGAAAUUGAACCUGAGGCUGCAAAACACUCUGGCGGAGGUGGAACGACUGAGAGAGAAGGAGGCCUCGAGAGAGCACGAGCGCUCGCCCACCAGCGCCGCCUCCAGCCUCACGGUGGCCCCCGCGCUCUCGCUCCUGGGCCUCCGCGUUCUGCUGCUCUGAGA